AUGUCGAGUUCUUCAGACUCGGACGAGCCUCCGAAACACGAGGAGGCCUCCCUCAGUAGCGACAACGAAACGAAACAGGCGAAGAGCAGCACCUACAAGAAGAAGAAGUCGAAAGGCAAACACAGCAAGAACAAGGACAAGAAGAAGGGAAAGUCUUCAUCGGAUGAAGAGUCGUCCGAUCACGACGACGAGAAUCCGCAAGACAAAACGGCAGCUAGGAGCGCUAAAUUCACGACCAGGGUUGACGAGGUUCUUGCGGGCAUGGGCGCUGGCAACACCCGCGACGGCCUUACUGACGAAGAAGNNGAGGUGGAGAAGGCCCACGUGCAGGUCCUCAACAUCCUGCUCCAGGUGCUCGACGACGGCCGCCUCACCGACGGCCAGGGCCGCGUGGUCGACUUCUCGAACGUGGUCAUCAUCCUCACCUCGAACCUGGGCUCCGACAUCCUCCUGAAGAGCGUCGACUCCGAGGGCACGCUCAAGGAGUCGGCCCGCGACCAGGUCAUGAACGUGGUCAAGAUGCACUUCCGGCCCGAGUUCCUCAACCGCAUGGACGACAUCGUCAUCUUCCACCCGCUCUCCAAGAAGCACCUCCACAACAUCGUCCGCCUGCAGGUCCUGGCCGUCGGCAAGCGCCUCGAGGACCGCGACAUCCACCUCGACAUCGACGAAUCCGCGCUGGACCUCAUCCUCGCCCAGGCCUACGAUCCCCUCUACGGCGCCCGGCCUCUGCGCCGCUACCUCGAGAAGCACAUCGUCACUCAGUUGUCGCGCAUGAUCAUUGCGGGCGAGCUGCUGGACGACAGCAUGGUCCACAUCACGGCCACCAACGGCAAGCUGACCUUCCGGGUGGGGCCUAACACGGCCGCCACCGCCGACUCAAAAAAAAAGUUCGACCCCCAAACGACUCCGCGACUCAGCGGAAUCCCGACCGGAUCGAGACGCAGGCCUACUGAGCAGGCCGAAGAGGGCCAGGCUUGA